AUGAAUCCGCCGCCUCCAUACCCGGGCACCCGCUCCCAAGGCCUGCUGGCCACUAUUGAGGAGUCCAGCCACCGCAGAAUUGGCCGGCCUGGACGUCUUGCGCCGAAAUGGCUAGAAGACUUCUUGUCUGGCAGCCUCCAGGACUCAGCGCCGCUCUAUCUGGACGUUGGGUGCGCUAGCCUGGAUGUCAGGCUGGCCAUUGCCUCUGCUGCCGGCGGCAGCUUCUAUGAUACCGGCAGUCCUCCGGUAGUGCGCCACGAGCUGCUGAUCAAGGGCCACCAAUGCAGUGGCCACGCGUCUGGCGCCGAUGGCGGCUCGGCAAGCACAGCUGGGACGUCUCCAGGCGCCGAUGGCAAAGAGUACAACGAAAUCUACUCGUGUGUCUGCCAGAACUGCCGCUAUCACUUUACCUUUUACAUUGAACGCAAUGUCGAGACGUCGUGUGGCAUGAACCACGGCAACAGCCGGGACCCGUACCACCAUCUCGUCUUCAACCCGAUCGAAGACGACAGCCGGGAGCUCAUCAACACCAAGUACUACCCGUUAUGGGGCCGUUCGCAGUACAUCUGCUCUGCCACACGGUGUGGCUACAAUGUGACGGUGGAAGUGUCGGAGCCGCGCCUAAACCAGCACUUCCUCAGCUUCUUGACCGACAACGACCGUAUAAAUGGCCGUCUGCGAGAGGCCAAGAAGGCCGAGCCGGAGCGAUUUGCCGACGUGGCAACGGCGCCGCCCAACGCUCUAUGGUACCUCAGAAUCUAUCUGCAGGACAUUGUCAGUGGAAAUGAAGACGGAGCGGCGGCGGAUGGCAGGCCUGAGAAGCGAAUCUCCCAGCGAAACAAAAAGUUUUUUGUCCACUUUGGCGACGGACCCGAUGCCGCGGACCUAUUCACCUUCCUCGAGUUUAAGGAGGUCGUCGACGGCGAAAAUCGGCUGUGGAGGGUGCCCACGCCCGAAAUGAUGCGGCCGACGCGCCCCGGCUCGCAGCUCGCCUUUUACCAGGACAUCAAGAGCGAGAUCGAAACGAUCCUCGGCAAGGACAGCGACAACCUGAAGCCGAACACGGCGAUCAACUUUAUCACGACCGCUCUGGAUAUUGAAAAGUACGUCACCUCGCGGCAGCUGUACAGCCAAUAUGCACUCAUGGACUACGACAUUCUGGGCAUCCUGCCCGACAUGCACGAGUCGUACUUCUGGUAUGCCUUUACAUGCCAGCACCAGGCAGAUCCGUCCAAAGAGUCAGCCUUCUUCGGCGCCCUGCAGCGGCUCACGCGUGGUCGCAACAACGAGGAGCUCGAGGUGAGGGUGCAGUCGUUUGACUCGAUACAGACUGCGCAACCUUUAGAGUCAUUUGAAGAGGAGGACGAGAUCCGACGAGCCACCGAGGCUUCACUUAAGGAGAUGCUACCGGACUCGUUGCAGUCGUAUUCCAACAGCGAAGACGAAGCCGUCAGCAGGGCCUACAGCUACUUCGGUCUGCAGCCGGACCAGAGGACCGAUGACGAGGCUCUGGGGAAGUUUGAGUCGCUCUGUGACUCGUACCCGUCACAGCGGUCUUCGUACCGGGAGAAGUUGCUUCUCAUCGCCCGCAAGACGGGCAGUAAACGACUGCAAGAGCGGGCAGUCGAGUCGAUGAGCCUCGAAGAGGCCGUCGAAUACCUGGGUGUUCAGAUCGACACGGAGACAGAGUAUAUUGUCACUAUCGCAGAGUUUUCAAGCAACUCUGGAGAGAAGGAUUACGCGCUCAUUGCGACGGCGCUCAGAGUCGUCGGUAUGGCCCGCGACAACAACGCGACCCUGAUACAGGCGGCAGCCAUCAUCAUGGCCGGGCAUGGCCAGAGCUAUGAGUUCAACAGCCCCCACGACAGCCGCAUGGACAUUGCCACGAUUCUAGACAGCCAGCCGGUGUGCAACCUCAGUCUCCCAGUCGGGCUGCAGAACAUCAGAAACACCUGCUACCUCAAUAGCAUUCUUCAGUACUUCUUCACGGUGAAGCCGAUCCGAGAGAUUGUGCUGAAUUGGCAGGACUGGGGCCUGGAGAUUACGGAAGAGAAUCUGAGGCACCGGCGCAUCGACCCCGGCUCGACCCGGCUCGACCCGGCGGACGCGUUUGCCGGGCGACAAUUUGCCUUUGAGCUCUCCGCUCUGUUCACGGAGCUGCUCACAAGCAACCAAGCGGCGCUGAAACCACCGCAGAGGCUGGCACUCGCAGCACUCAAGAACUCCAGCCAGCUGGAGGCCGACGGAGCGAAGAUCUUGGCGAAAGACCGAGCGGACUUGCCCUUCUCCUUUGGCACGGAUGGCAGCAUUGGGAAGUGGUCACCAACGACGGCACCUCCGCUUCCUCUUCGCCACGCGCCAGCACCACCAGUGCCACCACGUACGACGCAGUCGGCUUCCAAGGUCCAUGUGACUGCGAUUUCGGACGUUGACGCAGCAGAAACAGCCAGCUCGCGUAGUUCGCAGACGCUGGUAAAUCAGCACGACGAUGCAGGGCCGACGGUGAGCUACGCCAGCUACAGCCCGACAGAACACGGCAUCAUCGAGAUGACAGAUGCCGAGGACGGGGACGGGAACGAGAGGGGCACGGUGGAGGUGAAGGAGGACGACAGGAUGAGCGGGGUGAAGACGGUGUUCGAGCCUCCGCCGACGCGGCCACUGGGCAGCGAGCAGGUGACGACGGAAGAGAAGAUCGAGCGGGCACUCAACGACAGCAGCGUGACGGGAACGGAUCAGCAGGACGUGGAGGAGGUGAUGGGCAACAUCAUCGGACACCUGCGGGCAGCAGUGCGGGCAACAGGCGAGGACGAGGAGACGGGAGCCCAGAAAGACCCGGUGACAGACACAUUCUUCUGGACGAGCGUGACAUACGGACGAACGAACGGGGCGAAGGAGCUCAGCCGGCAGGUGUCGCCGAACCGAUGGGUGACGGCGUAUCCGGACGAGAACGGGGCGGUGAUCAGCCUGCCGCAGGCGUUGGACAACAACUUCCACCGGGAGGUGAUCACGGAGGGCAGUACGCGGUACGAGCGGUUCACAUCGAUCCUCAAGCUGCCACCCAUCCUGCACGUGCAUAUCCAGCGGACGACGCGAGACGGCGGCAAGAACAACACGGCGAUUGAGAUUCCACAGGUGCUGUACCUGGACCGAUUCAUGGACAGCCCGGUGGACUCGGGGCUUUUCCGGCGGCGCCGACGGGCGUGGAACCUGCAAGAGAGGUUGCGGUCGCUGAAGGGUCCGAACGGCGAGGUGGCCGACCCGUACUUCAGCCCAGAAGCGCUGGCCAAGGCGACGGCGUAUUCCGAUGCGCUGGUGGCCGGCUAUCUUGCCGAGGACACGGCGGCCAAGCCGGAGAGCGCGGAGAUGGAGGGCAACAACAGCGAAAGCGACGACGGCUAUUUUCUCAUCCGAGGCGACCUCAAGGAUCUGAUGGACGAGAACGGCAUCGAGCUGCCGAAGAAAAGGACGACAGCAGCAGCUACGAGCACAGACGAGACAGAGGGCCAGGCAGUGCCGCGAUAUGACGAGGCGCCCGGGCUUUCGGAACGGACCAGAGAACUGCUGGCAGCAUCGCGCCACAUGGAUCGGGAGCAGAUCCGAGCGGCAUGGGAGGGAGCAUCAGAGGCUGUGCAGGCGAGCCACGAGCUGGUGACGCGGGCGAGCGCAGAAGCAGAGACGCUGCGUUCGGAGCUGGACGGCGUGUUUGCCGGGCUGCAGGAACACGAAUACCGACUGCACGCGGUGAUCUGCCACGCAGGCCAGACGGGCAAGUCAGGACACUACUGGGUAUGGGUAUACGACUUUGCGCGGCAGCUAUGGCGACGGUACAACGACAGCGUGGUGACGGAAGAGCCGGACACGGAAAAGGUGAUGCGACAGCUGUCGACACAGGGCGAGCCGUAUUACCUGGCCUAUGUGCGGGCACAGGACGUGGACCAGAUGGUGGACAUUCCGAGCCGACAGGCAGCAGCCGAGGCAGCCGAGGCCGAGGAAGCAGAGGCAGCAGAAGCAACAGAGGCAACAGAGGCAGAGGAACCCAAAGCACAGGCACUGGCUGCUGUGCAGGAGCUGGACGAGGCCGAAGACGGGAAAGCAGAGAUGGACUUGGAUACAGCCGAGUCUGCCAGCCGGAUGGACAUGACGGACGAGGCCGACAGCUGGGCAAUCGGGCCUACAAUGUGGUGA